AUGGAGAGGAAAAAACGCAAGGGCAGAACUCCAGAAGGUGUAUGUAAUGGUCGAGUGUCAGAGCUAAUCAGUCAAAAUAAGAAGACGGACCCACUACCACAUCGUCCAGAAACUUUGGACCGAGCUGCUAGAGCACACAGGCGUGAAAUCAUUUCAACCAAAAGGCAAAAUCCCGUUUCAGCGAACCAUCCAGUUGUUGCAACAGAGGAAAAUAGUCUAACUAUCGCCUCUGACGGGAUUGAUACAACAAACAGUUCUGUUGUAACAUCUUUGAGAGAUUUAAAUGGUCCUCUUCACAGUUCUCAAACAUGCCAAAAUCUACCCAAUGUUCAAGCGCCAAUAAUACCAAGUAGAAGCCAAACAAAGGAGACCAUGACAGAGAAUCAGUGUUUAUUACUGGGGCCCGAAGAAGAAGAUUCAUUGGAUGAAUUAUGGGACUGUUCAAGUAAUGAAGAACAUGACGAAGAAACUGACUCGGACACAUGUGAAGACGCUACUAUUUUGCAGAAGAUCCAGCGUCAAGCAAACAUUAAUAAGGUUGUAGAAUCCAUUACAAAGCAUUUUCGUGGGAACAAUAAAAAAAACAACACAACGGCAAAUUCCAGUGCUUUGGAGAAAUCACUUCCUUUGCCACAUCAAGAAGAAGCUUACAAAGAUGAUGGAGAUCUGACACACGAAUGUCCUAUCUGUGGAGCUCUAUUUUGGUACAAUGAGCGAAUUAGUAAGGGGAGAAAAACCAAAACUCCUAUUUUCACAAUGUGCUGUAUGAGAGGAAAGGUUAAGCUCCCUGUAUUAAAGGAACCACCGGCCUUGCUUAAGAAGCUUCUUACAAGUGAUGAUGCUAUCAGCAAGCACUAUCGGGAUAAUAUAAGACCAAUCAAUAUGAUGUUUUCUUUUACAUCACUCGGGGGGAAGAUUGAUAACUCUAUUAACUCAGGGCGAGGCCCUAAGAUUUUCAAGCUUCAUGGGGAGAAUUAUCACUUAAUUGGUAGUAUGAAGCCAAAUCGAAACGAGAAAGCCAAGUUUUCGCAGUUGUAUAUUCAUGAUACACAAAAUGAGGUUGAGAACCGUUUAUCUGCUCUAAGUGGGAACUCUGGGAAAGCAAAAAUCCGUCCAGAUUUGGUUGAAUCUAUAAUGGAAAUGUUAAGGGAAUGUAAUGUGCACGUCAAGUCAUUUCGCAAUAGUAUGGAUAGAUUUAAUGAUGAAGAAGAAACUCGAGACGUUUCUUUGGUCCUAAUCCACACCCGUGUUCAAGAUGGAAGAGUUUACAACCUGCCCACUUCUUCUGAAGUUGCCGCAUUAGUUGUUGGCGAUUUUCAAGAAAAUAUGGACAAGCGUGAUAUCAUCUUACAAAAAACUUCGGGGAAGCUUAAAAGGAUUAGUGAAUUGCAUCCAUGCUAUUUGCCCCUACAGUAUCCACUUAUUUUCCCGUAUGGUGAAGAUGGUUUUCGUUUAGGUAUUAAACAUGGUUUCACAGGACCCUUCAAAAACAAGAAGCCUAAUAUCAGUAUGAGGGAGUAUUUUGCCUAUCUUAUUCAGGUUCGAAAAGUUGGGUCUCAGGUUCUUCAUCUUUCAAGACGUCUUCUUCAGCAAUUUCUGGUUGAUGCAUAUACAAUGAUCGAAUCCCAUCGUCUUCGGUUUAUAAGGAAAAAUCAGUCAAACCUUAGAACUUUGAAGUUUAGUAAGUUUGUUGAGGCUGCAAAUCAGGGAAAUUCGAGUGUGUCUAUUGAAGGAAAUCGAAUAAUUAUACCAUCGUCUUUCACAGGAGGGCCUCGCUAUAUGCAUCAAAUGUAUCUAGAUGCAAUGACUAUCUGCAAAUACCAUGGAUUUCCGGAUCUAUUCAUUACUUUUACAUGUAAUCCUAAAUGGGCAGAGUUGAAAAGGUAUUUUGAUCAAUACAAUCUUCGAUCUGAGGAUAGACCUGAGCUGUGUUGUAGACUAUUCAAAGUUAAGCUGGAUAGUUUAAUGGAUGAUCUAACUAAGAAGCAUUGGCUUGGGAAAACAGUGUCAGCAAUUUAUACUGUUGAAUUUCAGAAACGAGGUCUUCCCCAUGCUCAUAUAUUGGUAUUUAUGGAUUCACAGCACAAGCUACCACAAGCAGAUGAUAUUGAUAGGAUGAUAUAA